AGCAUAUUUCAGUCAUUAUUCACUGGGCGUGCUGUGUCCAAAUGCUGAAAAAGACUACGUCACAUCAUAACUUUAUAUCUCUCGCUUUAUUACUGAAUUCAUUAUUCAUUCGGAGUUUUAAAUCAGUGCAGUGAUAGGGGACGUCAAUAUUUUUUCUUUAAUAUUUAAAUUAUUGGCUGUGAAGUGAAUUCAAAUUAAAAAUGUUUAGUUUUCUGAAGCGAGAAAAGGCCCAAGUCGAAGUGGUGGAGAAUGUCGUCGGUGAAUUGAAGAAAAUUUAUCGAAGUAAACUCUUACCACUGGAGGAACAUUAUCAGUUCCACGAUUUCCAUUCGCCGAAACUGGAGGAUCCCGACUUCGAUGCAAAGCCAAUGAUCUUACUUGUUGGACAAUAUUCAACAGGCAAAACAACAUUCAUUCGGUACUUGCUUGAGCGCGAUUUUCCGGGUAUUCGAAUAGGCCCGGAGCCCACUACCGAUAGAUUUAUUGCGGUAAUGUAUGACGAGAAAGAGGGCGUGAUUCCGGGUAAUGCAUUAGUCGUCGAUCCGAAAAAACAAUUUCGACCGCUCUCUAAGUACGGAAAUGCAUUUUUAAACCGAUUCCAAUGUUCUUCGGUCGGUUCGCCAGUGCUACAGGCGAUAUCUAUUGUUGAUACACCUGGAAUUUUGUCAGGUGAGAAGCAACGGAUCGAUCGCGGCUACGAUUUCACCGGAGUGUUGGAAUGGUUUGCCGAACGGGUGGACAGAAUCAUAUUGCUGUUCGAUGCACAUAAACUAGACAUAUCCGACGAAUUUCGACGAUCUAUUGAGGCUCUUAAAGGACAUGAUGACAAAAUUAGAAUUAUUCUGAACAAAGCUGAUAUGAUUGAUCAUCAGCAGUUGAUGAGAGUUUACGGUGCUUUGAUGUGGUCAUUAGGUAAAGUGUUACAAACACCCGAAGUGGCUCGUGUUUACAUUGGGUCAUUUUGGGACCAACCGUUACGUUACGACGUCAAUCGAAGGCUAUUCGAAGACGAAGAACAGGACUUAUUCAGAGAUUUGCAAUCGUUACCGCGUAACGCAGCCCUUAGGAAACUGAACGACUUAAUAAAACGCGCCAGACUGGCCAAAGUUCAUGCAUACAUCAUAUCCGAAUUGCGCAAAGAAAUGCCAUCGGUAUUCGGCAAGGACAGUAAAAAGAAGGAAUUGAUCAAAAAUUUGGGUCAAAUUUACGAUCGCAUUCAAAGGGAACAUCAAAUAUCGCCGGGAGAUUUCCCGGAUGUUCGUAAAAUGCAAGAACAUCUGCAACAUCAGGAUUUCACCAAAUUCCACUCAUUGAAGCCGAAUCUACUCGAAGUUGUAGAUAGUAUGUUAGCUAUCGAUAUUGCCCGAUUGAUGGAAAUGAUUCCGCACGAAGAACAGAAUUUGGUUGCCGAAAGUGCUGUUAAAGGUGGUGCAUUUGAGGGAGUCGUGGACGACGUUAUAUCACCAUUUGGAUAUAAACGCGGUGAAGGUAUCGACGCUGGAUUCGGCGAACAUGACUGGAUCUGUGACAGAGAUCGUGCAAAGACGGACCCGCUAUUCGAGUCAUUAAAUCCUGUCGACGGGAAAAUAACUGGAGCAGCCGCCAAAUCCGAACUAAUCAAAUCCAAAUUACCGAACUCGGUGUUGAGCAAAAUUUGGAAACUAUCCGAUGUUGAUGCUGACGGAUUUUUGGAUGCCGAAGAGUUUGCCUUAGCAAUGCAUUUAAUAAACGUUAAAUUGGACGGAAAUGAAUUGCCGAAUGUAUUACCAGAACAUUUGAUUCCGCCAUCGAAACGAGGUUAAGUUAAAGAAGGAAAACUUGUAGUAAACAAAUAUGUAAUACGAAGACAUUGGGCAACUACAAAAUUAUACACUCAAAUAACAGAAAAAUUCAGAAUGGGAAUUUCGUACAACCACUGCUGCGUAGAUAAGUAUUUUUUAUAUGCAAAUUUUACAUGAAAAUGGAAAUUUUUUAAAUUUCAAAUUUAUGGUUAGUCUUUAGUAAAAACGAUUCGUUGGAAAUUUAUACAAGAAAGGGUGGAAGAGAGAAAAAAUUACAAAUUUUGAUGAUUAGAAAAUUACCGGAAGUUUUGUUGUUUACAAAAUUUAAUUUAAAAAAACAAAAACAAAACGAAAAAUUAGAAAAAGGAACUUAGGAUGUUACUACAACUUCAACCGUACGAAGACACACAAUAAAAGAGCCUUAUAUUUUGCGCGUUUUGCGUUUCUUUUUCUUUACAUAAAUGUCAUGUGCAUCAUAAUGUGCUAUAAAGCCUAAACAAUUUAUAGUGUUGAUUAA